AUGCACCGCCGUGUCCUUGUCUCUGGUCUUCCCAGGGUUCUCCCUCCCCUCCCACCCUCGCCUGCUCCUCCCUGUCUUCCCUGUGUCGAGGGGCGGCAGCGCGCCGCUCCUCACUCCUCCUCGUUCCCUCCCACAGAGGCUCCCCUGCAGACUCUCCACCUGGACGUGUGGGGCCGAGCCCGCGUCCGUGGACAGGGCCACGAGCGGUACUUCUUGCUGGUCGUUAACGACUACACGCGUUACACCACAGUCUUCCCCUUGCGCACCAAGGGUGAGGUUGGCGAUGCGUCGCGUUUCCGGGUCUGGGGUUCUCGUGCCUUUGUCCGCGAUACCACCGCCGAGAAGCUCUCCGCCCGCGUUGUUCCCUGUGUCUUCCUUGGCUUUGUCCCUGACACGCCUGGUUGGCAGUUUUACCACCCCACCUCGCGCCGUGUCUUCCCCUCUCAGAACGUCACGUUCGACGAGUCGGUUCUCUUUUACCGUCUCUUCCCCUACCGCACUGCACCUCUCCCCCCCUCCGCCGCUCUUCCUCGCUCCAGGUGCUCCCCAGGUCCUGCUGAGGGUGGUCCUGCUCGAGGUGCUGAGCGUGGGGGUGCUGAGCCUGGGGGUGCGGAGCCUGGAGGUGCGGAGCCUGGGGGUGCUGAGCCUGGGGGUACUGACAGCUGCGUGAGUGGUACGUUGGCCGUCAGGGUCGCACUACUAGAGCUAGGGGCCCUGCUGCGGGAGGCGCUGGAGCUGGUGACUCUGCUACUAGAGUUGUUUCUGCUGGAGGUUCUGGAGCUGCUGAGGGUGUUGGAGCUGCUGAGGGUGCUGGAGCUAGAGGUUCUGGAGCUGGUGGAGGUGCUGGCGCAGGUGGCGCUGGAACUGGAGUUUCUGGAGCUGAUGAGGGUGCUGGCGCAAGAGGUUCUGGAGCUGCUGCAGGUGCUGGCUCUGAGGGUUCUAAGUCUUCUGUUGCGCGGUCUCCUUGGAGUAGCCGCCUUCGUCUGCGUGUGCCUCUCACCUCACAGUAGCUGCACGACUGGUACGGUCGCCGUCAGGGUCGCGCUUCUAGAGCUCGGGGCUCUGCCGCUGAAGGUACUUCUGCUGACGUCACUGGAGCUGGGAGUGGUGCUGGUCCCGGAGGUGCUCGUACUGGAGGUACUGGAGCUUUUGGGGCUGGGGGUGCUGAGCCUGAGGGUGCUACUGCUGGAGACAUUGAGGCUGGAGACCCUGGGACUGGAGGUGCCGGUUCUGGGGGUGUUGCUACUGGUGGAGCUGGUCCUGGAGGAGCUGGAGCUGAGGGUUUUGGAGCUGCUGGAGGUGCUGGGGCUACAGGGGGUGUUGGAGCUGCUGGUGCUGGUAGCACUGCACAGCCGCGCCUGUUCUUUGCUCCACCGUCUCCGUCGUCUCAGCCACCGUCUCCCUUCGUCUACUGGUCUUCCGUUACAGCCUAACUCACCGCUGCCUGCUCCUUCUCCUUACACUGAGCAGACACGGGGUCUUACUGAGCGUCCCUGA